UGCUUUACUCCGAGCUCAAGUGCGCGUUUGGAGAGAUGAUGGCUGACCAUGAAGCGCAGCUGCUAGUACAUGGACAGUAGAUUACAAUAGACACGCAGGUUUGUGGCAAAUUUAGCACAACUCAACGCAGCAGUAGUCACAGUAUCCUCCCGAGGAACUUCUUCAUUGUUCUUUCAGCGGUUGUUUAGGAUGGGUUGUGCUAUCUCAGGGUUGGGUCUGGUGCCCAAGAAAACGACGGAAGCCGCGAGCGAAGACGAAGCGCCGGAUCUGACCAGUGAACAGAUCGACAUGAUCAAGGAGUCGUGGAAAGUUAUUCAGGAGGAUAUUGCCAAAGUUGGGAUAAUCGUCUUUGUCAGGUUGUUCGAGACUCAUCCAGAGUGCAAAGAUGUCUUCUUCCUGUUCCGUGAUGUGGAGGACUUGGAAAGGUUGCGCACUAGCAAGGAGCUUCGAGCCCAUGGUCUCCGAGUGAUGUCUUUCAUUGAGAAGAGUGUGGCCAGGCUUGAUCAGUUAGAGCGGCUGGACUCGCUGGCUAUUGAGCUCGGGAGAAGCCACUACCGCUACUACGCUCCUCCUAAAUACUAUGGGUAUGUAGGAACAGAGUUCAUCUGCGCAGUCCGGCCAAUUCUGAAGGACAAAUGGACCCCUGAACUGGAGAAGGCAUGGAAGACUCUGUUCCAGUAUGUGACUCGGCUGAUGCGUCGGGGUUACACAGAGGAGGAAGAGGAAGCCAAACGAAGCAACACGGUCGGCUCAAGCAGAGAGCGGCCCGACAAGAGGAACACGGCACUUUAAAACUGCAGCUUUAGAUCUGUUUACGUUACUUAGUCGUGUACAUAGUGUUGUAAUGAACUCAUUUUACAUUGCAUAUAUUUUAAGAUAAGAAAUCUGUUCUGGUCAGUGACAAACAGCAAAGGAUACACAGAAAAAGCCUCAGCCAGCUCUGGACUGGGACAGUUUUUAUUUUGAACUCAGAAUAAGUUAACAGCUCAUUGUGAUGCUUGUUCAUUGCACUGUUUUGGCCAACAACUGAAACUAUAUAAAUGAAUCUGUAAACCUAGAAAUCCAUUUUUGCCUUGGUUUGUACCAUAACACAGAUAGGGGGGGUGUCAAUCAAGGCACACAUUGAUUGGGGCAAAUUAAUUACAGGUAACUCUAGUUAUUAACAUAGAAGUAUCUUUCAGCAUAAAAAUGUAUAUACUCCUCUAAAGUCAAAAACAAAUCUAUACACUGGAAGAUUUAUAAUCCUGGACAUUCCUCGACAUAGGGAGCAGAGGGUAGAUGUUUUUAAGACGUGUUUAAAAAUUGAUGGGGUUUAAAAAAAAAAAAAAAAAAAAAAAAAAGGUUUGUAAUGAAAGACAGCAACA